CCGGACCCUGUCAAGACAUGCAGGUCGAACAGCCUGAAGAUGAGCACGCUGGACCGCCUCCAUCCCUGCAGGCCGGACCGUGUCAAGACAUGCAGGUCGAACAGCGUCAAGAUGAGCACACUGGACCACCUCCAUCCCUGCAGGCCGGACCGUGUCAAGACAUGCAGGUCGAACAGGGUCAAGAUGAGCACGCUGGACCGCCUCCAUCCCUGCAGCCCAGACCGUGUCAAGACAUGCAGGUCGAACAGGGUCAAGAUGAGCACGCUGGACCGCCUCCAUCCCUGCAGGCUAUAAGAGUGCUGCAGACCAUACCACCUGGAGACAUGCAGAGCACACCACCUGGAGACAUCCAGACCACACCACCUGGAGACAUGCAGAGCAAACCACCUGGAGACAUGCAGACCACACCACCUGGAGACAUGCAGAGCAAACCACCUGGAGACAUGCAUGCUAAACCAUCUCAAUACAUGCAGAGUGGAAAGGGUCGAAACAUGCACACCGGACCACCUCGAGACACGCAGAGUGAAACACCUCGAGACAUGCAGGCCACACUACCGACAGACGUACAGGCUGGAGGAUCCAUACACAUGCAGCCUGCACCGCCUCGAGACAUGCAGAUCGGAGCACCACGAGACAUGCACACCAAACUACCUCCAAAUAAACAGACCACACAAUAUGAUGAUGAUGUCACAGAGCUACCUCACACAAAAGACAUGCAGACAACACCACUUCGAGACAUGUACACCCAGCCGCCUCAACACGUGCAGACCAGACCGCCUCAAGAUCUGCAGACCGCAACGCCUCAAGACGUCCACGACGUACUACCCAUACACAUGCAGACCACACCGCUCCGAGACCUGCAGUCUGGACUGCCUCCAGAUGUGCAGGCCAACCACCUACAGAGGCCAGAGCACCCAUAGACAUAGAGACCAGACCACCUCGAUACAUACAGGUUGAACCACCUCGAGACAUACACGCUGGACCACCCAUAGACAUGCAGACCAGUCCGUCUCGUGACAUGCUGCCUGAACCGCCUCCAGAUAUGCAGACCUCACACCGUGCUGAUGAUGAUGUGCCAGAGCUACCAGACAAAAAAAGCACAUCUCCAUCCCUCCAGGAAACUCUUGAAAGCAUCAUGACUACCAUAUCUGCCUGGCCGUCUCCCAUUCUAGAACCAGAAGACCUCUUUCCUGAUUUGUUUCAGUACAUAAACAUUGACUAAACAUACCUUCAUUUUAAAUUUACAGUAUAAAUUACAAUAUAUUGCCCUUCAUUCUGACUCUUCUCUUUCUCCUGUGAAAUCUUCAAGUACAUAUAUUUUAUUUUUGUGCCAAAUGAGCUGAAAUUUAAUAUGAAGAUACACAUACCAAAUAGCCCCAAGCGUUUCAUUCCCAUCCUUUUUUAAUAGAGGCCUUAGAAAUUAUUAUAUUUAGCAUUUUUGGAUAUUUUUACACCAAAUGUAUAUGUUCCGAGCCAAUCUGCCACGGUAUUACAACCUAUUGCCAUUUGAUACAGAGAUGCAUGCGACGUGUAUGCCCACAGGACGCCAUUAAUACUUUCUACAUAGAUCAUAUUACACAUAAGUUAUUUUAAGGUUUCCAGCCUGAGCCUUUUUUGACUAAAAAUAUAUAUCUUUUGGCUCAUAUGCCCAUGUACUGAAAGCAAGUAACAACCUUAAAUUUGGCAUGAAAGUAUGUAAAACAACUGCCCACAAUACUUCAUCUUCACUUCUGGUACACAUUGCUUUAAAUUGUUCAACUUUGGGAUCUUUUGACAUUUAUACACUGCAAAUCUAAAGCUUUACCUCUUAUGCCUUUGCCUGCAUAGUACAUGAUCUGAAAUUUAGUAUGAUGCUGCAUAUGCAAAUUGUGCCCAUAGGCAUUCCUGUCUAUGGUGUAAAUCACUUAAAAUUGUUAAAGUUGGGAUAUUUCCACCAAAAUUGUAUAUUUUCCCUUUUGUUAUGUUGUUAUUCUUAUUGUUACCGUUCAUACAUAUUGGGCCUUUGUUGAAAAAAUUGCAAAAUCAUGAGAAAAACCUUCUUGUGCAUAUUUCACAUGUUCAGGUUAACCUUUUUUACUCCAUUAUCAAAAAAAAGCUUUCAAAAAACAUUAUUCGACUACAUCAAAUGGAAAUUAUCAUGUGCAAGACGAUUCCAGCUUGUGAUGUUCCUAAUAGGUUUUCCAAAUCAUAACACGGAGAGGGAAGCUUAUAUUACUCUGUACAUGUUACUUCAUUCAAAAGUAAAACUGUUGUGAAGAUAGAGAUAUACUAUAUCAAAGAGUUUAUAUUUUGAAAACAAACCAGAAAGAGGAUUUCUACAUUAUAUAAAAGUUGGCCACUAUAGCACACUGCUCAGUGGUGCUGUACAAAGCCAUGCAGUAGUUUGAUACUUGUUUCAACUAUUUUUGUUGUUAAAGUUAUUUUUGUACUUCUACAUACUAGUAUUUAUCCAUUACCGAUUUAGUCAAACAUGUAACGAGAAAGUUCAAGAUGGAAAUGUAGCAAAGACAAGUCAACUGUUCGGCUCACUGUAGUUUUACUUUCUGUUUCUGUACAACAUAGGUCCGUUCAUUUAACAAAGCAAUAUCUUUCGACAAGGAGAACAUUCACUUAUCAAAAAACAUUAUUAUGCCAUGAACAAGUGCAAUUACUCAUACAACAUUCCUCCUUUAACUAUUUAAAACUUCUGAACCAGUUACAUAUUCCAUACGUUUGUUGCAUUAUUCUGUUGCAUUCUCAUUUACAUUCAUACAGCAUUCCAUCCAUUGACCUCACAGUACAUGAAGUGAGUAAAAUGAUGCUGGCAAUUUACACAGCCUGUACUUGUGUUUUGCUGAGUCUGCCUAUCGUUUAUGAGUGGAUGACUCAACAGAAUAUCUCAGCUUUCAUUCUGAUAUGAGUGGAUGUAUGUGACAUUAAGGUUCUUGAUUUGGGCUGUGUACCUAAACAAAUUUGAGGUACACCUGUACCUAAAAAAGUUUAACCAAGUAUAUGUAAGUUAAACAUGUAGCUAACUGUCUUUUCUUGUGACAAAUUGUCAUCUAUGUAUGAAGAAUUACAUAUUUCAAUCUCAAAACAAUUUCUUUGCAAGUUUUCUUAAGUUUUUUUUCCAAAAUUAUCACCAUCGUCAUUGUUGAUUCGGGAUAUCUUGUCCAGCAGUGUUAAAAAGUAGUGUUUAAUAGUGAUUUAGUGUGUUUACGUACAGGUACACAGAUGCUUAGGUCCGGACCUGUACCUAAACAAUUUUUUAGGUACGAUACAGGUACAGGUAUUUAGGUACACAGCCCUAUUCUUGAUAGUUGCUAAACAAUUCAAACCAUGUUGACUACAUCAUCAGAAUUUGUUUCACACAAUAAGAGUCUCCAGCCAACCCCCGACAAACACCAACAAUAGUACGUUUCUUAGAAAUCACGUUGCAUUCCAUUGCCACACACCCAUUCCUGCACAGGCCAAAUACAUUUUGACGCAUUGGAUGAAACUUCAUCUGUGUUGCUAGAAUACAUUAUAGGGAAAUGCUAAAUUUCCUUUCCAACACUAAUAUAAUGUAGGGACUUACCCCUACAUUUUCGAUCGAUCUCCAUCAGUUAUGUCAGGAACACACCACUUUUUUGCAGGAGGAGGUCAUAAAUAUCAGAAAGUCUAUGUGCUAAACAUCUUGUUGAGAUUUUGUCAGCGCUGCUGGAACAUACCCAGCAUAUCCAUCACGUGAAGAACUCGCAACAUUUUGUAGAACUUGUUAAACAUCAGAGAGUCCAAGCGGAUGAAGAGUUACGUUCCUUCGAUGUGACGGCUCUAUGCGUCCGUGCCUGUAAACAAAGCGACAAAGAUGAUUCUUAGUCGCGUUUGUCAAGUGCGGUAAAUCUGUCCUGUUACAAAGGCCUAGUCACACCGUCCUCCAUUGUUUACAAUGUGGGCGCCGCCAUCUUGGACCGCAAAGGCUCCUGGGACAAAUCCAGCGGCAAGCUGGACUCUUAGCGCCGCCAUCUUGGGUCACGCCAGGUUAGGGAGAAGAAGUGCUCUUCGGGUGUUUUCGCGCUGGCCGCUGUUCAAUCCCAGUACAUCUAAGUCGGCCUGCAACAGCUCCAAGUCGCGAGACACGCUCAAAAUCUCUGCUUCCAAUUCGGUCUCCAUUCGAGUUUUCGGCGUAGACGAAGGUAAACGAGUACGAGUCGGUGUUGCUGUCGUCGUUGUCGGUUGUUCCGGCCGAUUCGCUCUUGGGAGAACAUACUCCGCCCCACUGAUAAUAUCUCGCCGCCGGACGAGUCAUUCUUCCGGCACCGACCAUCUUGAACGAGGAAACAUAGCUUGGAUACACAUAGAAACUUGCGGCAUCUCACCUAUAGACAAAUGGCGGCCAUCUUGAAUUCAGGCAAACCUCAAGAGAUCUCGCGAGAUCUCGCGAUUUUAGCCGCGACAUUUAGUCAAACUUCACGAGAUCACGCGAGAUCUCGCAAUUUUAGCCCCGAGAUUCAAGCAGAUGCAUGGUAGCAACCAUUACAUACGCACCUGAAUAAAGUUUUGUUUAGAAUAGGG